ACUACGUAGUAUACGGAGCAGGGCUACACUUUUAGGCAAAGCAUUCGGAGCUUGUAUCGGUGGUUUGCUUGGUUUUACAUCCUGCGACACCAAACCUGUCAAGGAGAACGAUCGACCGUUCCCACCUUUCUUCCACUCUGUCAAUCUCAGUCAAUCUCAAUCGAAGACGGAAACAUCUCCUUUUCUGAAAAGAAACUACCGAAUUCUGUUCUGUAGAUCAUCUUGUCCUACGUGGGCCGGCCCUGUUGCUUCGAGAGUCGAGUUUGCUCAGCUGCAAACAACUCCUAGCCAACUAUCAGAUACCUCGACGGCAACUUCUUUUCGGCGUCGGAUUGCUCAAGCAGCCAUCCGCCAAACAAAACCUAUCAACUUUGGAGACUGCUGUUCGAUUUUAAUAGCGUUGCUUCACUGUUCUCGAUUGUUAUUACAGACAGAGCGUUGCGCCUCUAUUAUCUUAACACGACAUUGACCACCGAUUCCGGCAUUGUGCAGAUUUGUCUUACCUUUUUAGCAACUGACCAUGACCUUGUGAUAGGUAGCGAUAGUUUGGAGGCCACGUUAUUUGGUAUUGUCGCUCAUUCAGAAUUGUCGUGGGGUUGAAGAUAUAUAUCUUUUCACCAUGUCGCUACCUAAACCGUCGGUGUCAUUGACGGGCGCUUGUAGCGUUCUCUUCAACAAUACCCUCUAUUCAUACUCGAGUGCGGGAUUCGAGUCAUUGGCUUUGGAAGACGGUGCUGAAUGGACAAAAUUAGCCAGUGGUCAACCAGUUGAAGGUGGUGUUUGUGUCGGCUCGACACCGAAGGAUUCUUCGACGGCUGGCUUUUUUGUCGUAGGUGGGCAAUCAGGUUCAGCGGAUUAUCCAGGUCUUCAAAAGUUUACAUAUUCUACCGGAAAAUGGGCGACUAUAACACCACAGGUUUUGGUCACCCAAAAUCGAACUUGGCAUAGUGCGACAUAUAUCAACAGCAGCGAUUCGAUUUUGAUAUAUUCGGGAUCAACAGAUGGACAACCCAAUCUGUCUUCGCAAACCUUCACGGUCACUGCAUCCGAACCUCAUUCGGUACUGGCAUUUCAAUCGACUAUUUCGCCUCCAGGUGUCGCACCCAUCCUUCUCCCAUGGUCGGAGUCACAGGCGGUAUUGAUCGGCGGCAACCCUACUAACACAAAAGUGAUGCUCUUUGACCCGGCCGCUUCUUGGGCCGAUUCAGGGAUAACACUCGCUGAUCCGUUACCGAAAAAUUCAACCUCGAUCAAGGCUGCUAUUAUACCUGGUGAUGAUGGAAGUAAACAUCUUUAUACAUUCGACCUUACUACCUCGCCAAACACUGUCAACAGGACAAUGUUAUUAAAUGCAGGCGCGGCUCCCAUGGCAAACGCGGCCCCUGUUUCGACAACUGCUUCGACUCGAAGAUCGGCGAGAGAUGGUGAAGAAAUCGAGAAACGAGCACUUACGGUUGCGGACUGGCCGAAAUAUAACUCCACUUUAGCACCGCAAAAUACGAGAACUCAAUACUCGAUAGCUACCGACUCGGAUGGCUUAGUAGUAAUGUCUGGUGGUAAUGAUGAUGAAAUAUUAUGCAUGUUUAAUGCGAAAGAGAACAGUUGGAAGAACGCAACAGCUGUGUUUGGACAACAGAAGGGGGUCUUUUCCAUCGAGUCGUCGUCAUCAACAUCAUCGGUUUCAAGCACUACUCCGACGUCUACAGCUAGCUCAUCUGAAGUUCCUACGUCCGCCAUUACUGCGGCGGCUGCUGCUCCCACGACUACUUCGGAUGAUGGAAGCACUACACUGGCUCCGACAACCCUCUUAGGCGUAGUGUUGGGCACCAUUUUCGGGUUUGCCAUUAUCUUAAUGGCCUUAUUAUUCUGGAUUAAGCACCUCCGGAGAAGGCAGAAUUUUGUUGAAGCAGGGCAUGCGCGAAGAGCAAGCGGAAUACCAGACGAAAAAGAUUUCUUUAGUCCGGAACUGGCGAAGGCUUCAGGCGGCCAAUUCCGAGGGCAUGCUCCGCAGGACUCGGCCGGAUCUUUCUCGUCGAUGGCUAUAUUGAUGGGCAAGGUCCAAAAGCCUGCCCUACAGCGCAAGACGAGUAACGACACGAACCGCAGCUCCAUCGGCAGCAUGAAUAAGCAGCAAUUGAAGAAUACCAUAAGCCGACCACAACCCCAAAUAACUCCGGAACCGCAGUUUAUUGUCAGUGAUGAAAAGGGCGUUUCUUUCGCCGCCACCACGAAUGAUCCUAAGCCCCGUGCUAGACCUGCGGUAAACCGAGAUGGAGAGUUAAGGAGGAGUUCUGGUUGGAAUCGGUAUUGGUCUGGUGGCAGCGCAUUAUCUGUCCUCGGAUUCGGAAACAGUAAUUCACGCCGUGAGACUGGUGCAUCCGAACCAAGCUCUGUAUAUUCCGACAGGAACCGUAUGACGCAAGACUCUGCUACAGUCCCGCCAUUACAAGUUGUUGAAGGGCGAGCAGAGUUAAAUCGCGUUCACUCGGCCAGUCCAACGGUUGCGCAAUAUAAUCCGAUGAUAUCAGAGGGAAUGUCUGGUCAAAUAGAACGAUCCGCGUCCACCGCGUCGUCCUCGGGUUACUCUAGUGGUAUCCCGGCUAGCGUUAACGAUACCUGGGAUCCAGCAAUGGCGAAGAAGAAGUGGGGGAACGAGCGAGCGCCUAGCAGUGCUUACAGUCAAAGCAUUUACCAGACAGCCCUUGGACCACCUAACACAAUCCCGGCCCCGACUGGUCUGUCAUCGCAACCGCAGCUCGCUAUGGCAUCUAAGUCAAACGACUUGAGCUGGUUGAACUUGGGAGAAAAUAAUCAUACGUAUAAAUAAGUGUCUCUCAUGACCUCAACCUACCGUUCCCUUUUAUCAUAUCCGUCAUUUUAAUGAUUCCAUUACGAUAAUACCAUUUCACGACUCUCGCUUAUACCCAAUUCUCAUCGACGGAACAAAAUUCCCGGAUUUAUACGUGAGGGCUACGCCACAGAAUAGACAGAAGGGGUCGACCAGAAGAAAAGAGUACCUUCGUUCAGACGUUAUUCAUCAAAAGCUGCC